CGACUUCACUUCGCCGCCGCCGCCUCCGCCUCCGCCGCCUACUCGGAGAAGAUCGCGGGGGAGGAUCGUGAGGGGUCGAAUCGCCGAACUGGAGGGAAUCCGGGGUUCCUCUUCUUCUUCUUCUGUAAUUCGAGUGGUGGUCGAUCGUCGGGAAUUAAGUCGCGCGGCGAGAACUUGGUCGUCGAGGUCGGUGGCGUCACCGCCAAGUAUCCCUCCGAGGAUCUUCAACUGCGCCCCUGCUUGCCAAGGAGGAAAGCGAGCUUUUUUCUUGAGACUCUGUGUUUGCUUCAAUUCCCGAGUGAACUGGGUCAUUCAGAUUUUGAGUGAUUGUGACACUCAAGUUAUUGGGCCAGGACAUUCCCCGUGUUAGGCUUAUCUUGCCAAGCUUGCUCACAUCUCCAUGACAGCAUACUAAGUAAGGAUCAUCCACGGGACAGGAUGGGUUCGGAGGUUGAAACACUCGAGGAGAGAUUGAAGUCUUCCUUGGUCCAGCUCCAUGCGGAAUAUGCCAUUCUUGAAAGGAUGGUGUACAAAAACAAGAACCAGCAUAGGCGUUGCUCCUAUUUCCAGUAUCUUUUGAAGGUAAGAAGGGAUCUCAGGCUUUUGCAGUCAGCUAAGCUGGAAGAGUUAUUGAGUUCUUGCUUUCAAGUGAUAACAGGAAAGAAGCCCAAACAGAAAGUUCAUCUUUUAGAAAGUCUAAAGUGGAGGAAGUGUGAUGUUGGGAAGCCUAAUUUCAUUGAACAACUUCAUGGCGUCGCACGACUACUGUCACAGAUGGUUGAACCAAUGUUGAAGGCAGCAUGCGAGAUAUCGAUCUUACUUGCUCGAUCAUUUUUCAUGGGAUUUUCUAUGACAAUCUUGUCUUUGCUAGCGCGUCUCAGAGUACUGGUUCAGCAAAUAUUACUGGAUGUUGCUUCAGUAUUCAACAUUGUUUCUUCUAUUUCGCAGAAAAAGCAGUCUGUAAAAUUAACGCAUGAAGGAAUUGAGGUUUUUAGGGAGUUUUAUCCAACACAUCAAGAUCAUAUAAUGCUAGAGUGUGUAUGGAAGACUGAUAAGUUUGUAUUGCUUGAAAGCACAUACAAGAAUGAGGGUAGCAAUUCGGAUGGUGACAGAGCAAAUGCUUCACCAGGGGCACCGGCAAUACACUAUAGAAGCAUCGACUGUUUUCUUGAAGAUGAAUGUGACUCAGUCCCUCAGAAGGCUGAGAUGGGUCAAGCUGUUGAGCAAGCGCUGCUUCAGGUUGAAGAGGAUGGGAAUGGAUCUACUCCCAAUGUCUCCGUGCCUAGUGGCCGUGAGAAACAGGGUAAUGUCUUGAGCGAGGAGGGCCAUAAUGCGACAACUGCACGAACCCCUGAGAACAAGUUCUCCGUGGAUGGCGGGUUUCUUGAUGGUCCGUCACUGAGUUCAGACCCUUUGAAUGUGAAGUCUGGAACCAAGAAGGUGGCCUUUGUUUCUAUAAAGAAACCUUCGUCAUCGAGUAAUGUGGAUCUCAAUUCAAACAAAACCGAUGUGAAAAGCAGCAACGUUGAAGAUCCGUUCUUCAAUUUGCUUGCGGGUGGAAACCUUCGGGAAUCUCUUCUUAAUGACGAUUAGUAGGUGUUGUUGGUUCGUUCUUGCAUCUUUUCUCAUUUAUCUUACACACUAUUGGUCAUUACUUGUUCAUUUGAUUUAAUUAUUAUCCGUGCACCGGCAAAUGACAGAUUUGCCGGUGUAAUUGGAAAUGCUACGAGCUCUAGUUUAUAUCA